AGAACCACGUCCUUCGUUGAGAUUGGCGGAGGGUUGACUGUUCAGAAUCACAAUCCCAGAAGCAUCUAACUUCAUAGCUAGGAGAAGAAUCAAGCUCUGGAGUAACUGAUGGGAGAUCGUAAAGUGGAUCAAAAUGGUCCUAUGCGGGUGUUGGUGACUGGGGGAACUGGUCUGGUGGGCAGGGCCAUAGAACAUGUGGUCAAAGAAGAGGGAGGGGCCAGGGAGGGAGAGGAGUGGAUCUUCCUCUCAUCUAAGGACGCAAACCUCAUGGACAUGGCUGAGACACGGGCUGUGUUUCAGAAGCACCAGCCCACCCACAUCAUCCACUUGGCAGCCAUGGUGGGAGGGCUCUUCAAGAACAUGAGGGCCAACCUAGACUUCUGGAGGAACAAUAUCUACAUCAAUGACAACGUUCUUCAGGCAGCACACGAAGUAGACGCUGUCAGGGUGGUCUCUUGUCUCUCCACCUGCAUCUUCCCUGACAAGACCACCUACCCCAUUGACGAGACCAUGAUCCACAACGGCCCUCCUCAUGAGUCUAAUUAUGGUUAUGCCUACGCUAAGAGAAUGAUCGAUGUCCACAAUAGGGCGUAUCACCAGAAGCAUGGGCGGUGCUACACAGCAGUGAUACCAACCAAUGUGUUUGGUCCUCAUGAUAACUUCAACAUCGAGGAUGGACAUGUACUACCAGGUCUCAUACACAAAGCCUACAUUGCUCAGAAGGAGGGCAGUCCUUUGGUGGUGUGGGGCUCAGGAACUCCCAGAAGGCAGUUCAUCUACUCAUUGGACCUGGCGCAUCUCUUCCUCUGGGUGCUGAGAGAGUACCAUGAGGUGGACCCCAUUAUAUUGUCUGUUGGUGAGGAGGAUGAGGUGUCCAUCAAGGAGGCAGCAGAGGCCGUCGUCGAGGCGCUGGGGUUCAAAGGUCAAGUGACUUAUGACACUACCAAAUCGGACGGUCAGUUCAAGAAGACAGCCAGCAACGCCAAGCUGCUGCAGCACCACCCCAACUUCACCUUUACCCCCUUCAAACAAGCCUUGAAGCAGACGUGUGAUUGGUUCGUGGCCAAUUACGACAACGCCCGCAAGUGAAUAUUCCUCCAAUAUGAUUGAGUCGUGGGUAACUGCAUACAUGGAGUGUGUCUGAAAGUGGGAGGAUCAACAGAAGCCGGUGGAUGGGAAGCGAAUCCGCUAAUUGGGCAGAUUUGUUGCCACUCAGAUUGGGCUGCACGACGAGUUGAUGGUUGACAACUGUAGCAUUUUAGCUAACCCUUUUCCUAACCUACCACCAGGGUUGGUUAGGUUACAUUCUAAAUGUAAUGUUAGCUAACCCUUUUCCUAACCUACCACCAGGGUUGGUUAGGUUACAUUCUAAAUGUAAUGUUAGCUAACCCUUUUCCUAACCUACCACCAGGGUUGGUUAGGUUACAUUCUAAAUGUAAUGUUAGCUAACCCUUUUCCUAACCUACCACCAGGGUUGGUUAGGUUACAUUCUAAAUGUAAUGUUAGCUAACCCUUUUCCUAACCUACCACCAGGGUUGGUUAGGUUACAUUCUAAAUGUAAUGUUAGCUAACCCUUUUCCUAACCUACCACCAGGGUUGGUUAGGUUACAUUCUAAAUGUAAUGUUAGCUAACCCUUUUCCUAACCUACCACCAGGGUUGGUUAGGUUACAUUCUAAAUGUAAUGUACCUGUCCAAAAUUGUAAUCAAUGUGAGUGUUGCUAUGGGUUAUAGUAGUAGGAGCCAAAUUCAAUAUUAACAAAUUUAAAACAAUUCCAUAUGUUAGUUUAGUAAAAUCUCCCCCUGGUGUUACAUCCAUCGCUGUUGAUCCACUCGCUUCUUUUGAAACUCCCACUACUCAGUCACACUUAGAGUAUGCAGUUACCUAUACGUGAUCUGAUUGGCUGUCAAGCAACAGUCCCAGGAAGGCAGGAGCAGGAAGAGGUCAUGGGGAGUCAAAUCUUCAGGAGCUGAAGGUUCUAGAACUGAAGAAUGUACUAAUCAGACCUCGAAUGAAGUGUUCUCUGGCAUUACAUUGGCUUGUCAGAUUGAUGUUGGCUCGUGCUGGAGUGAGUGGAAUUGGCAGUGUAGCUUGUAGUGUCUGAGUUGAUCUCUCAGUAUUGUAGAAUAAUUAUAAUGUUAAAUGUAGGUGGCGGCGUGCACAUUUACAUUUUUGCGAACGCCAAUUCAUUUAGAGAACAUGUCACUGAAAUUCCUUGAAUGUGAAGUUUGGGCUUGUCUGAACGUUCUGUCUAAACCACUUUGAAUGAGUCCCAAACUGCAUCAUAUUCCCAAUAUAGUACACUACUUUGGACCCAGAGCCCUAUAGCACUAUGUAGGGAAUAGGGUACCAUUUGGGACGCAUCCUAUUAAAUUAUGUCUGGAGUGACCAGAUUGACUCCACUGUCUCGUCUCCCCUGUCCCCAUCGCUAUAAUCAUGCCUACACCAUAGGAAUAGAAUUGUCCAAAAAUAAACCACAAUACGAAGGCUCUGGUGAAUUCUGUUCUACAGAGUGGGCUGUUCACACUACUCACAAUUUGUCUACUGUAUCGUCUGAUGCAUGUUGGGUUUAUAUUUUUGUUCUAUAUACUACCAUUUCAAAGAUUUUACUGAGUUGGUUCAUAUAAGGAAAUCAGUCAAUUGAAAUCUGUACAUUAGGUCCUAAUCUAUGGCUUUCACAUGACUGGGAAUACAGAUGCCUUAAAAAAAACAACAGUAUCUCUGUGUAUUCAAAUUGCCAAAUGCAGUUGUGUUGUCCAUAGUUUAUGCCUGCCCUCACCAUAACCCCACUGCCACCAUCGGGGCACUCUGUUGACAUCAGCAAACCAUUCGCCCGCAGGACUCCAUAUACGUGGUCUGCGGUCGUGAGGCUGGUUGGACAUACUGACAAAUUCUCUAAAACGACGUUCGAGGCAGCUUAUGGUAGAGAAAUUAACUUUCAAUUAUUUGGCAACAGCUCUGGUGGACAUUCCUGCAGUCAGCAUGACAACAGCUCUGGUGGACAUUCCUGCAGUCAGCAUGCCAUGUGCACGCUCCCUCAACUUGAGACAUCUGUGGCAUUGUGGUGUGACAACUGCACAUUUGAUCGGCCAUAUGCCCCCAGCACACCUGUGUAAUGAACAUGCUGUUUCAUCAGCUUCUUGUUUUGCCACACCUGUAAGGUGGAGGGAUUAUCUUGGCCAAGAAAAAUGCCCACUAACGGAUGUAAACAAAUUUGUGCACAAGAUUUGAGCGAAAAGCUUUUUGUGCGUAUGGAACAUUUCUGGGAUCUUGAAACAUGGGACCAACACUUUACAUGUGUUUAUUUGUCCAGUGUAGAAUACUAGGUGGUUUGAGAGGUUCUUUUAUAUCUAUCUUUACAAAAAACGAAUUGUUUUAAAGGGUGCAGUAUGUAUAUUGGUGGCGGGCUGAGAAUAAAUCAAGAAUGUUUAUUUUAA